ACUCCCAGGCAUACAGAGAAACCCACUUUCCCCCUCUUCCAAACUACUGCCUACCUGUACUCCAACACCUGACACUGCGACUCUUAUACCGAGAGCGCACCACUGUUGUCCUUCUCAAACCACGAUAUACUCACAAAAGCACGCGCAAAGAUGUCAACAUCACCACACCAACUCUUCCUCCUCGCCGACCACAUCAAGCUCUCACUGCUCGAACGCCAACGCGCGCAAAGCCUCAAACUACCCGGAAACAAUACCGAUGGCCCUCUCACCCGCAGUCUAGAAUCUCUGCGUGCUGGGAUAGAAACACUGGAGCAAAAAGUUGAAGAGGCUUUACCACAAGAAGAAGAGGAAGAAGCGUCACUAAAUGAGGGGGUUUCUCGCAGUGAUCUAGCAGCACAAGUGCAGAAGUUGAGGACGCAAUAUCAAGAUUUGGAUAAACAGUUUCAUGGCCAUACCCCUACGACUGCUACAACGACACCGAACGACCCCUCCUUGGCCCCCGACUUUGCAGCCGUAAAAGCAACACCCCAACAACCUACGAGGUCGAAGGCCGUAAGAUUUGAUAAACCAUAUCGAGAUUCUUCGCCCGAUGAUGGGGAUAGAGGGAAAUUAUUCAACAACACCAACACUUCAGCAUCGGGAUUAGGAGAUGCAACACAACAACCCUACACCGAUAACGACAACGAUACCUCAACACCCAACCACACCUCCCUCUCCAACCAUCAAAUCCACACCUACCACACCCAAGUCCUCAGCGAACAAGAUGCACAAUUAGACGUUCUAUCUUCGAGUAUACAACGUCAACGUGCAUUAGGUAUACAAAUGGGUGAUGAAAUGGAUGUUCAAAACGCCAUGCUUGAAGAUGUUGAAGCAGGGGUCGACAGGUUUCAGAGUAGACUUGAUGUUGCGAGGGGACGAUUGGGCAGGGUUGCGAGAAAGGCAAAGGGGAAUUGGAGUUGGGUUACUAUUGGGGUUUUGAUGUUGGUUUUGGUGCUGUUGUUGGUUAUUUUGAAUUAAAGCAGAUGGAAUGAGGAUGCCAUAGAACACGAAUUCAGAGAUGAAAUACAACAUCUAGGAUAUCCUUUUCAUGCUUUGAACAAGGAAACGUGGCAACAGUACAAGAGAGAGAGAGAGAGAGAGAGAGAGAGAGAGAGAGAGAGAGAGAGAGAGAGAGAAAAAGCAAGGGAUAAAAGAGGCCUUAUACAACUCAAUCCAACAAUCCAGCAGCCAAAGCCUCCAAAUCCUGCAAAGUUUCCGGCGCAGAAGCUUCUUCCCUUCCAAGAUCCGUCCUGCGACCUUCCUCCUCGAACCACUUCUUCUGUCUCUUCUUUGGCUGUUCGUCUUCGUCGUCUUCUUCUUCUUCU